CCAGGCCCGGCUGACAGAGUUAGCUGAGGCCGCCAUAUUGAGUAAGCGACCCGGCCUCCAAGGGGGUAGUUGUGGUCCAGACAGUUUAGCAGAACGGCCUCUGCGGCUCCGGGGAGAAAGCAAUAUGUUGAGGAUACCUGUAAGAAAGGCCUUAGUAGGCCUUUCUAAAUCUCCUAAAGGAUGUGUUCGAACAACUGCCACAGCAGCAAGCAACUUGAUUGAAGUAUUUGUUGAUGGUCAGUCUGUCAUGGUGGAACCGGGAACGACCGUCCUCCAAGCUUGUGAGAAGGUUGGCAUGCAGAUCCCUCGAUUCUGUUAUCAUGAAAGGUUGUCUGUUGCUGGAAACUGCAGGAUGUGCCUUGUUGAAAUUGAGAAAGCCCCCAAGGUUGUAGCUGCUUGUGCCAUGCCAGUAAUGAAGGGCUGGAAUAUCCUAACAAACUCAGAAAAAUCCAGGAAAGCCAGGGAAGGUGUGAUGGAGUUCUUAUUAGCAAAUCACCCACUGGACUGUCCUAUUUGUGACCAGGGAGGUGAAUGUGAUCUGCAGGACCAGUCCAUGAUGUUUGGAAAUGAUAGGAGCCGAUUUUUAGAGGGGAAGCGUGCUGUGGAAGACAAGAACAUUGGGCCAUUGGUAAAGACCAUCAUGACAAGAUGUAUACAGUGUACUCGCUGCAUCAGGUUUGCAAGUGAGAUUGCAGGAGUAGAUGAUUUGGGAACAACAGGCAGAGGAAAUGAUAUGCAAGUUGGCACAUACAUUGAAAAGAUGUUCAUGUCUGAACUGUCUGGGAAUAUCAUUGAUAUCUGCCCUGUAGGUGCCCUAACCUCUAAGCCCUAUGCCUUUACUGCCCGGCCUUGGGAAACAAGAAAGACAGAAUCCAUUGAUGUAAUGGAUGCAGUUGGAAGUAAUAUUGUGGUUAGCACAAGAACUGGAGAAGUGAUGAGGAUUUUGCCACGUAUGCAUGAGGACAUCAAUGAAGAGUGGAUCUCUGAUAAAACCAGAUUUGCCUAUGAUGGGCUAAAACGUCAAAGACUUACCGAGCCGAUGAUCAGAAAUGAAAAAGGGCUUUUAACCUAUACUUCUUGGGAGGAUGCACUCUCUCGUGUAGCUGGAAUGUUGCAGAGUUUUCAAGGCAAAGAUGUGGCAGCAAUUGCAGGUGGCUUGGUGGAUGCUGAAGCCCUAGUAGCUCUCAAAGAUUUACUUAAUAGAGUGGACUCUGACACCUUAUGCACUGAAGAGGUCUUCCCCACUGCAGGAGCUGGCUGGCUGCAUAAUGACUUAAAAGUGGCCCUUAUAGGCAGUCCAGUGGACCUCACUUACAGAUAUGACCACCUGGGAGUCCCCAAAUUCUUCAAGACAUUGCUUUCGGGGAGUCAUCCAUUUAGCACAGGUGCUCUCAACUUAUAUUCUUUCCUGAAUUCGGUCCUAAAGGAAGCUAAAAAACCAAUGGUGGUUUUAGGCAGUUCUGCACUCCAAAGAAAUGAUGGAGCAGCAAUUCUUGCAGCUGUCUCUAGCAUUGCACAAAAGAUUCGGAUGACUAGUGGUGUUACUGGCGAUUGGAAAGUUAUGAAUAUCCUUCAUAGGAUUGCAAGUCAAGUAGCUGCUUUGGACCUUGGCUAUAAACCUGGGGUGGAAGCAAUUCGGAAGAACCCUCCCAAGGUGCUGUUUCUCCUGGGAGCAGAUGGAGGUUGUAUCACACGACAGGAUUUGCCAAAGGAUUGUUUCAUUAUUUAUCAAGGACAUCAUGGUGAUGUUGGGGCUCCCAUAGCUGAUGUUAUUCUCCCAGGAGCUGCUUACACAGAGAAGUCUGCUACAUAUGUCAACACUGAGGGUAGAGCUCAGCAGACUAAGGUAGCAGUGACGCCUCCUGGCUUGGCAAGAGAAGACUGGAAAAUUAUAAGAGCACUCUCUGAGAUUGCUGGAAUAACUCUUCCAUAUGAUACUCUGGAUCAAGUAAGGAACAGAUUGGAAGAAGUCUCUCCUAAUCUUGUUCGAUAUGAUGAUAUUGAAGGGGCUAAUUACUUCCAGCAAGCAAAUGAGCUCUCAAAGCUAGUGAACCAGCAGCUUCUUGCUGACCCACUUGUUCCACCUCAGCUAACUAUAAAAGACUUCUACAUGACAGAUUCAAUUAGCAGAGCCUCACAGACAAUGGCCAAAUGUGUCAAAGCUGUCACAGAGGGUGCCCAGGCAGUAGAGGAACCAUCCAUAUGCUGAAGUAUCUACUAGGAUCCCAGUUUUGCCACAGAUAAUUGAUGAACAACUAUAGUGCAGUGAUCCUUUACAGGUUUAUUUCUUUGUAAAAAAAAAAAAUCUGAAUCAUGUAAUAUUUAAGGUUAUACUAUGCCUAUUUGAAAAUGACAUUAGUUAUCAACUUUGCAGUUUGAAAAACAUGUAUUGUGUGUAAAGGUUAAAUAAUAAAACUUUAUGCAGAUGCUCUUAAAAGCAUUGAUAACCUUUGUGAUGCAUAUAAAGAAAUCCUUAAAGUAUGAGUUGUUGACUUAUCUUCGUAAAUAAUUUAUGUCUAUAAAAUGGAUGAAAUGAAAAGAGUUCCAGUUAAAACCCACUUUUUUCUAGUGCUAAAGAAAAGUUUUAAGCACUUUGUCAAGCUGGGUAAAUAGGAAAAAUAUAUAAUCAUGCUCAGACAUGUAUCUGGGAUAAUUUAAUAAUAAUCAUAGUAACAAUGGCUAAUGAUAAUUUAGCUUUAUGAUGUUUGCUGAGCACUCUGGUUUUACACGUAUUAUCUUCUUUUGUUCUUGCUACAACCCUGUGAGAUAGUAAUACUACCCUGUGAGAUAGUAAUACUAUCUCAUUUUUCUGAUGAAGACUGAAGCCUGGGUAUAUUAAAUAGCUUGCCCAAGGCCAUGCAGCAAAAGUCACUGACUGAAACCUACUUCUUAUUUACUCCAAAGUCUAUUGUUCUUAACUGCAGCGUAUUAUUUCCUCUCAUUAAUAUUGAUUCUAUAGGUUUUUACUUCUAAAAAUUAGUAUUGAGUUUAAUGGUGAACACAUUUUUCAAUUUUCUCUUGAAUCUGCUUCUGUAAUGUUAUGGUGAUUUAUGUGGCUUUUUUUUUUUUUGUAUAAGUUAUACAUGUAUGCAUGUAUACUUAUGAGAUCUCCUUUGGAAUGAGGGAGGUCUCAAGAGACAUAAUUUAGAUUCUCAUUGAUGUUCUGUAUUCAUUAUCCUAACACCAUCUGUAGUGUUAAAUCAACUAAAUUAUUUCAGUAAUAGGAGACAAAACAACCAGCUUUCUUAAGUUUUAAUUGUCAAAACGAAAAGGAAUCAGAAUAAGGAUCACUGAGAAUUU